UUCACAAUUCAUUUCCGGGUCAAUCCUUUCUAACCCCGCCCCUUUCGUGCAACCGCCUUUCCGGAUUGACCGCCAUCAUCACCAAUAUGGCUAUCCGCUACCCAAUGGCCGUUGGCCUUAACAAAGGUCAUCCAGUCACCAAAAAUGUGACCGCUCCAAAGCACAGUCGUCGGAGGGGGCGGCUGACCAAACACAGCAAGUUUGUUCGUGACAUGAUCCGUGAAGUGUGCGGUUUUGCUCCAUAUGAGAGGCGAGCCAUGGAGCUGCUCAAGGUGUCCAAGGACAAGAGAGCCCUCAAGUUUAUCAAGAAGAGGAUUGGCACUCACAUCCGGGCCAAGAGAAAGAGAGAGGAGUUGAGCAACGUUCUGGCUGCCAUGAGAAAGGCUGCUGCCAAGAAGGACUAAAGUCUGACUCAAUAAAUGUUUGUUAAACUAA